AUGUAUGAGGCAAUAAAAGAAAAAGGAGAAGAAGUUAAUGAGUGGUUACCGAAAACAGUUAAGCACGCGAGUCGACGAUCGAGUUCGCCGUCAAAUUCAUCAUCAUCAUCGUCCAGGUCCAGUUCGUCUUCUUCAUCUAAAUCAAGUGAAAUAAAUAGUGCUGCGCGUGAUCUGCGAGACACGUCACACAAAAAUAAAGUCGUUGCGCGUUACUCUAGAAGUGCGUCACCUGACUCUUAUCGAAAACGCAAGCGGUCAAAUUCUUUUUCCUCACUCUCUGAUGGCACGCGUCAUCCUAGAGGUACGAUACAUCAGAGGCAGGACACAACUGUUGGUGCGCGGUGUUCGAGAAGCCCGUCACAACAAUCGCGUCGUAGACGCAGCCGAUCCUAUUCAAGUGCUGAAAGUGAUAGACAAAAUAGAAGGCGUCACUCAUCAUCCAGUUACAGUACCAAUACUGUUGAUAGUGUAAAUAACGAAAGUGCAAAAACCGACGAAGGUGGUGAAAAAACUAAUGAUAAAGGCAGAGAAAAAAGAAAAAAUAGUGAAAAAGAAAACUAUAAUACCGACAAUACUGAUGGACAAAUUUCGAAGGAAAAAUCGAGUGUCGAUAAUGAAGAAAUUAUGGUAAACAAACUGGAGGAAAACAUCUCCAAAAAGUUAAGUGUUUCCACACCGCUUAUUAGUGCAGUUGCACAAUCAUGGACAAAAAUUCUGCAAGCUGGUUUACCAAAAGAGUCAAAGGAAAAAUUGUUGGAAUUAUAUCCUCCUCCUGAAAAUUGUCCCAUUGUGAAUGCGCCGAUAUUAAAUAAAGAAGUGAAAAAUGCAAUGGGAUCGGCAGCAAUAAAAAAGGAUGACUACCGUGUUGCUGACCAGAAACAGUUAAGUGCUGGUUUAAGUGCACUUGGCAGAGCACUGUCAUCACUUAUCGAGAAUGAAGACAUAUCAAAGAAAAUAUUAUUUGAUAAUCUUUGUGAUGCUGGUAAAAUUCUGGCCAAUUUGCAGCAUUCUUUAUCGAUGGCAAGGAGAGCCUUCAUAAUUCCAGGCCUAGAUCCAUUGCUUAAAACUGCUUUAGAGGAAACAGUUGUUGACACGUAUCUUUUUGGGUCAAACUUCUCGGAAAUCGUAAAAACUGCAAAAGAAGUGCAGAAGACGGCCAAAGAUCUGGAAAAAUCUUCUAAACCUCCGAGAGAAAAGAAAACUCCAACUCCAAAGAGCAACACAAAAUCGUUCCGAGCAUCCAGAAGCGAUUUUCCUUUAAACUCGAGAGGCCCUCCCCGGAACAAUUCGAAGAGAGAAGGGCAAAGGCCUCAAUACCAAACCAGCAGGAAGAAAUUCAGCCCGAGGAAAUACAAAGAACAAAAAACAUUAAAUGCGAUACAGCAACUUCUAAAAAAGAAUGCGAUUGAAGAAUGCAGCUCCACCAAUGGAGAAUUUUUCUCGCCAUAUUUCCUGAGAGAGAAACCUGACGGGAGUGACAGGUUUAUUUUUAAUUUAAAAGGUCUAAAUAAGUUCAUUGACCCACCUCAUUUCAAAAUUGAAGAUGUAAAAACAGCCCUUAAGUUAAUAACAAAAGGAUGUUUUAUGGCGUCAAUGGACUUACAAGACGCUUAUAUGUUAAUUCCCAUAUCUCUCGAAGAUAGAAAAUUUCUCAGAUUCUCAUUUCAGAAUAAGCAUUAUGAAUAUAAAUGCAUGCCAUUCGGGUUGUGUACAGCUCCGUACACAUUUACAAAAAUUCUAAAAUCAAUUAUAACAUUAUUAAGAAAAGAGGGUAUUGAAUUAGUCAUCUAUUUAGACGAUAUUCUUUUCUUUGCAAAAACUGAAGAAGAAUGUAGGAAAAAUGUUCAAAGAACAAAACAGCUCCUUGAAUCACUCGGUUUUAUAAUUAAUCAAAAAAAGAGCCAGUUAAAUCCUGCAAAGAAAUGUACUUUUCUCGGUUUUGUCUUCGAUAGUGUCGAUUUUUCAAUUCAACUAACAUUGAAAAAACGAGAUUCUAUCGAAAAAUUACUAAAAGAAUUUUUAAGUAAAAGCAGUUGUAAAAUAAGAGAAUUUGCGAAAUUAAUUGGUACAUUGAUUGCUGCAUGUCCAGCCAUUAAAUAUGGCUGGCUUUAUACAAAAGCACGCGAGAGAGAAAAGUACACAGCUCUGCAGAAUUCUAACGGAGAUAAAAGUAUGUCGAUGGAUGUAUCAAAGGUAGCAAAGCAAGAACUAAAUUGGUGGCUUAUCCACAUAAAAACCUCAAAGAAUCCCAUUAGAGAAGAAAAUUAUGCACGAAUAAUUUUUACUGAUGCCUCUUUGACUGGAUGGGGAGCAUUUUCCAAAGGAGAAACAGCUCAUGGAUGGUGGAGUGAUAAGGAGCAAGAUUUUCACAUCAAUCUGUUAGAACUUAAAGCUGCACUAUUUGGGUUGCAAUGUUUUUCCAGUAAUGACAAAAAUUGCGAAAUAUUGCUUCGAAUGGACAAUACAACAGGAAUUUCGUAUGUUAACAAAAUGGGAGGAAUUCGUUAUCCAAAACUAACGGAGCUUAGCAGAGAAAUCUGGAAAUUCUGUGAAAAUAGAAAUAUUUGGCUUCACGCAGCGUACAUAAAAUCCAAAGACAAAGUGGAAGCCGACAAACAGUCAAGAAUAUUACCAACCGAGACUGAAUGGGAAUUAGCUGACUGGGCCUUCAGACAAAUAGAAAAAACUCUUGGCAAACCAGAUAUAGAUCUAUUUGCAUCAAGAACGAAUGCAAAAUGUCGGAGAUACGUUUCAUGGCAUAGAGAUCCAAAAUCGCUAGCAGUUGAUGCAUUCACGAUAAAUUGGUCUGGUCAAUUCUUCUAUGCAUUUCCCCCUUUCUCACUACUAUUAAGAGUGAUGAGAAAAAUUCAAGUUGAUAAAGCUGAAGGUAUUGUUGUGACAGCCGCAUCCGUUAUCGACGAAGCUUUCCCUGGUGGUCGCCAAAUUAUCAGGCAAGCCUUCCUUGCCAGAGGAGCGACGGAAGACGCGGCUACAAUGAUGCUUAAAUCCAUCUCAGAAAAAACAAUAAACCAAUACAAUAAAGGGAUAAAAUUAUGGUGGGAAUACUGCAGGAAAAAGCAGAUCCCAUUAUUCAACUGUUCAACACCAGAAAUUUUACAAUUCUUCUCGGAAACUUUGGAAAAUGUCAAAUCCUACAGCACUCUGAACUGCUAUCGAGCUGCAUUAUCAUUGUUAAUGGGGAAUGAACUAGGAGGAAAUGCAGAAAUAUCUCGUUUUUUCAAAGGAGUGUCGAGAGAAAAACCUCAAAAACCCCGAUAUCAAAGCACUUGGGAUCCAGAAGUGGUUUUAAAUCACUUAAGAACCUUUUCUAAAAAUGAAGACCUUCCACUCGAGAAAUUAUCCAAAAAAUUGGCAAUACUAUUAGCCCUAGUUACUGCUCAAAGAGUCCAAACUCUAUCAAAAAUUCGCAUCGAUGACAUAACAGAGUCUCAAACGCUAAUACAGAUAAGAAUAUCCGAGAGAAUAAAAACAUCAGGACACAACAGAUGUCAACCCAUUCUCAAUAUACCUUUUUUCGAUGAUCAGCCAAACCUAUGUGCAGCAUCCACACUUCGAGUAUAUCUACGUAGAACCUCGGAAUUUCGAACAGAGAAGAACAAAACUCACCUAUUCUUAGCAUAUAAAAAACCACAUCAGGAGGCAACGACACAAACUAUCAGCCGAUGGAUGAAGGUUAUUAUGGAAGAAAGCGGAUUAGACACCACACACUUCAAACCACAUAGUACGAGGCACGCAUCCACUUCUGCGGCAGCGCGUAGAGGAACAAAUAUUGAAACGAUCAUGAAAACAGCAGGAUGGACUCCUAAUUCAAGAGGUUCGCACUCGACAAUUACUUUUAAAAAGGUAGCAGAAAGUAGCUUUAAAUCUGAAAAUAGUAGUAAAAAGUAG